CAACAAUCAAGGUUAUUUGCGUAAAUCAUUAACAUUUGAAGAAGAAGAAGAAGGUUGCAGAAGUCGAUAGAUAAUCGCGGUUUCAUUAAACUAAGUAUUUAUUUUUACCCACCCGUGUUGCAAGAAGAAGUUGAAGUUGUGGUUUUCAAAAACCCUUUCUCUCUUUUUAAAGCGAGACCCUAAGAUUUCCAGAACUUCAAUCAUGGCGUCCGAGGGUUUUCAUGAUAAAACUGUUAUUUUCAGAAAAUUGAAAAGCAAAUCAGAUAACAAGAUGUGUUUUGAUUGUAAUGCAAAGAAUCCAACAUGGGCAUCUGUUACGUAUGGGAUCUUUCUUUGCAUUGACUGUUCUGCUGUUCAUCGUAGUCUUGGUGUUCAUAUCAGCUUUGUUAGAUCCACAAAUCUAGAUUCAUGGACCCCGGAGCAGUUGAAAAUGAUGAUAUUUGGUGGAAACAAUCGCGCACAAGCUUUCUUCAAGCAACAUGGAUGGACUGAUGGGGGCAAAAUUGAGGCGAAGUACACAUCAAGAGCUGCUGAUUUAUAUAGGCAAAAUCUUUCAAAGGAAGUUGCGAAAAGCUCUGCUGAAGAGGCUGGUCUACCCUCGUCACCUGUUGCUUCCCAGUCUCCAAAAUUUUCAAAUUUGCUUCCUGAUGCAAAGGCUACAGAAAUUUCAAAGGAAAGCUCAUGUGAAAGGAAGGAAACUCCUGAGAUCCCUGCCUCACCUAAAGCUCCUACUCAUUCUGUAGUUGCAAGUUCUAUUAAAAAGCCCUUAGGAGCUAAACGGACAGUGAAUAAGUCAUCCGGGCUUGGUGUUCGAAAACUUACCACAAAGCCAAGUGAGAGUCUUUAUGACCAGAAGCCAGAGGAACCAGCUCCUGUUCUUGCUUCCCCAGCUGGUACUACAACAACAUCUGGCUCAUCUUUCUCUUCCCGCUUUGAAUAUGUUGAAAACAUCUCAUCUCCGGGGAUCAGUUCCGGAGGUAGACAAAUGAGUGGGCAUGUUUCCCCACCAAAAUCAUCUAGCUUCUUCGAUGACUUUGUUAUGGAUAGUGCAUUUCAGAAGAAAGCAACGUCUAGUUCUUCAAAAGUGCAGGUUCAAGAAACAGAUGAAGCAAGGAAGAAGUUCACAAAUGCGAAAUCCAUUUCAUCUGCUCAAUAUUUUGGUGAUCAGCAGAAAGCCGAAUCGGAAGCUCAAGUCUCCUUGCAGAAAUUUUCGAGCUCUACAGCGAUAUCUAGUGCUGAUCUCUUUGGUCAUGAUAUGGAUGACCCACGACUAGACCUGACUGCGACCGAGCUCAUCAACCGGCUCUCUUUUCAGGCAUCACAGGAUAUAUCAUCACUCAAGAAUAUGGCAGGAGAAACAGGGAAGAAACUCAGUUCUUUUGCUUCGAAUUUAAUAACAGAUCUUCAGGAUCGUAUCCUCUAGUGAAGUCAAUUGUGUCUGUUGUUAUUUUAAUUUCUACAGAUGCUGUGCAUGGUAGAGCAACAAGGAUUCAAGAUCUGAUGAUCUUUUUUUCGUUUCUUUUUACUUUGAUGUCUACUUUCACUGGAUGUCAGAAGAUAAGGAGCAUCGUGUUGACAAAAUUCUUUCAUAAGGUUAAAAAAUAAGUUAUAGGUUAACCAGAGCGCAUUGUCAGUUAAUUUUUUUGUGGUUGGAGGACAAUGUUAAGUUCUAACCUAUCCAUAUAAAAUUAUAAAUAUAGAUUGAAUACUUUUCUUUAA